ACAAAAAACUAAGAGAUAUAUGGUAAAAAAAUCGAAAAAUAAAUAAAUUGAAAACCGAACUUACACGGUUACACCCUACAAGGCCGUUUUGACACAUCCCCUCUCAUUACCAUAUCAAACCCAAAUCACACACAGGAUCAGGCUGGCCAUCCUCAAAAUGGGUGGGCCGUAGUAUACCCAGAAUAUUCCCCCGAUCACUAUACACUUUCAGAGUUUCAGUUGAUAAUCGAUGUGCGCGGACUUUCCCAGAAAAACACCAACAGCUCCAUUUUAUAGCCGCCUACCAAUUUCCCCUUUCUUUUAUAAGCAACACUUUUGUAGCUACCUUACCUUUACACUUCCAUCACUCCAUUAAAAAAACAAAAAGAGGAGAGAGAAAGUAAAAGAGAUCACCAACAAACAACAAUGGCGACUACCAGUUUGGUAAAGCUAAACGCUGCGUCUUCUAAUUGGAUCGGUCAACACUCCUUCACUCAACGCACCGGAUCAUCUUCCUCCUCCUCCGUCGCCUUUCCAACUCGCCGAGUCUCCCUUCCCGUCGUCCGCGCUUCCUCUUACGUCGACGAGCUUGUUCAAACCGCUAAAACUAUUGCCUCUCCUGGACGUGGUAUCCUUGCUAUUGAUGAGUCUAAUGCAACUUGUGGAAAAAGGUUGGCGUCUAUUGGUUUAGAUAACACAGAAGCUAAUCGUCAGGCGUACAGGCAGCUUCUCCUUACGACUCCUGGCCUAGGUGAAUAUAUUUCUGGUUCCAUCCUAUUCGAGGAAACACUUUACCAGUCUACAACAAAUGGAAAGAAGUUUGUGGACUGUCUACGUGAACAAAACAUUGUACCUGGCAUCAAAGUUGACAAGGGUUUGUCUCCAUUGCCGGGGUCAAAUAAUGAAUCUUGGUGCCAAGGGUUAGAUGGUUUAGCUUCGAGAUCUGCCGAGUACUAUCAACAGGGUGCUCGUUUUGCAAAAUGGCGUACAGUUGUUAGUAUUCCAUGUGGACCUUCUGCUUUGGCUGUUAAGGAAGCUGCAUGGGGACUUGCUCGUUAUGCUGCUGUUUCUCAGGACAAUGGCCUUGUUCCCAUUGUGGAACCAGAAAUCCUUCUUGAUGGUGACCACCCAAUCGAGAGGACUCUGGAAGUUGCUGAGCGGGUGUGGGCUGAAGUCUUUUUCUACUUGGCUCAGAACAAUGUUGUUUUUGAAGGAAUCCUUCUAAAGCCAAGCAUGGUUACCCCAGGAGCUGAGCACAAAGAAAAGGCUUCUCCAGAAUCCAUUGCAAAACAUACACUUCAAAUGCUUAGGAGGAGAGUGCCUCCUGCUGUUCCUGGAAUCAUGUUCUUGUCUGGAGGUCAAUCCGAAGUAGAAGCAACCUUAAACCUUAAUGCAAUGAACCAAAGCCCCAACCCAUGGCAUGUCUCUUUCUCGUACGCUCGUGCACUACAGAACAGUGUACUUAAGACAUGGCAAGGACACCCCGAGAACGCAGAAGCUGCCCAGAAAGCUCUUUUGGUGCGUGCCAAGGCAAAUUCCCUUGCUCAACUUGGGAGGUAUUCUGCCGAAGGGGAGGAUGAAGAAGCCAAGAAGGGUAUGUUUGUCAAGGGCUACACCUACUAAGGAUAGAGUUUGGAGCUAUCUAUAAGUACCAUUGUUAGAGGUGUAUUUCAUUUUCUCCUCACUAAUUACUUGAUGUGACCGUCAAGACUGUUACAAGAGCAAGAGUAUUGUUUUAAUUAGAUCGUCACUUGCAUUUCCCCUCGUAUUGUUGUAUGGAAGUAAGAGGUGUUUGAAUGUCUGCUUGUUAUCGCCUCUACAUUGGCAUGAGAAUAGGUAAUGGAUAAAUCGGGAAUAGUGAGGUUUUUAUACCCUAUCUCUAAUUAUUUUCUUUCUUACUAAACAAGUAAGAGAUUUUGCA